AUGCAACUGUUGGGUGCCUACCUGGAGUCCCUGUCCCACUCAAUCCCACCGGAGCAGUUGCCCUACCUGCGGGGCUGGUACUACGAGCGGGACGCACCAUGGCUGGCGGAGGACUUGUGGCAACAAGGCGACUUCCACGACUGUGCCUUCGAUUACUUCAAGCGCCUGCCCAAGCGGCAUCAUCCCGAUUUCCAUUGGCUUUUCUUGGGCGCUGCUGGUGCCAAGACUCCCUUACACGUGGAUCCCUCCACGACCCACGCGUGGCUGACGCAGCUUUCAGGGCGGAAGCGCUUCACCCUUUUCCCACCACAGGAGCUCCAGCGACUGCGGAGCGACCAGAAGUUCCGGUGUCUGGAGGAGAUUUUGAGGGACAAAGAGGUGAAGCCCUUGGAGGUGAUCUUAGAGCCAGGCGAUACGAUCUUCGUGCCCAUGCACUGGGCCCACGAGGUGGUUUGUCUGGAGGACUCGGUGAGUUUGACCUGGAACUUCUUGGGCCGCCAGGCCUUUCCCUUCAUUCGCGCGGCCUUUCUGGCGAACUCGGAGGGUAGGUCGAUGGGGUCUAGUGAGGCGAAUUGCGGAGGCAAAGCAUGCAAGGUCAUGGCUGCCGGGACCGCGGUGGCUGGGAGUUUGGCCUUCACUGUCCCUCGGUCGUUGGCCCCACGCGGAGCCACGACCACCGGUGCCAAGACCUCCAAGGAGCGUCCGGAGCGUCCGACACGAGACGACCGGGGAGCGGUGUCAGGCACCGAAGAGGUCACCUAUAGGCUGAUGGCUUUGCAGCUCCCGCCUUGGCGGCUGCCUUGGGCGCUUCUGCCUGCGCCGCGGCUCGCCGCCAGACGCGAGGGGCCCGUGGCCCAGUACGGAGGAGAUGCUGGACGUGGACCAUGGACUGCUCAGCGGGUGGUGGAUGAGUUCGAAGACGUGUGCGAGCAGACCGGGGUCACGCUCAGCCGCUACUGCAUCGAGCUAGCGAACCGCGGCAUCAUCGAUGAGGACCUCAGCUCCAUCUUCAACUCCAUCCGCGAGGCAGCCAAAGUUAUCUCCAAGCUGGUGAAUACCGCGCCCUUGAAGCAGGCGGAGCUGCUGGGCUUGCAGGGUGAGAUCAACGUGCAGGGCGAGGAUCAGAAGAAGUUGGAUGUCAUCACCAACGACGUCUUCAAGAAUGCGCUGCGCUACACAGGCAAAAUGGGAACCCUGGCAUCCGAAGAAGAAGAUGAGCCAGUGGAUGGAGCCAGGCUUUGGGAGGGGCCGGAUGGUUCGCGGUUCCCUCUGAGGAGUUUGCAGACACCGGGAAAUACAUUUGCGUCUUCGACCCCCCUGGAUGGCAGCAGCAAUGUGGAUGCCGGCAUCCCUGUGGGCACCAUCUUCGGUGUCUUUCAGGAGCCUGACCCUGCAGAGUGCGAGCUGCCAGAUGACUUGUCCAAGGGCCUGUCCGAAGACCAGCAAAGGUGCUUGGCUGGUACUCUGCAGCCUGGCAAGUCGCUGGUGGCUGCUGGCUAUGUCUUGUACUCGGCCUCCACGGAGUUGGUCUUGACCUUCGGCCAGGGCGUGGUGGGCUUCACCCUGGACAGCAGCAUCGGCGAGUUCGUGAUGACGCGACCAUCGAUCAAGAUUCCCGCGAGGGGCAAGAUCUACUCGUGCAACCAGGGCAACAUCAAUGAGUGGGAUCAACCCAUGCGGGACUACAUCGAAGCCAUCCGCAAGGGUGAAGGUGAGUCCAAGAAGCCCUACUCCCUGCGUUACAUUGGCUCCAUGGUGGGCGAUAUCCACCGCACCCUGCUGUAUGGCGGCAUUUUUGCAUACCCUGCGGACAAGAAGAAUCAGGACGGCAAGCUGAGAUUGCUGUAUGAAGGUGCCCCCAUGUCCUUCAUCAUGGAGCAAGCUGGCGGCAAGGCGAUCACCGGGCACAGCCGCGUCCUGGACAUCCCUCCGGUGGGUGUGCACCAGCGUGUGCCGGUGAUCUUGGGAUCUGCCGAGGAUGUGGAUGAGCAGGGUCCUGAGACAGCGCCCGAGAGUGGGUGA